AUGAGCAAUUUUAAAUUAUCUGACGUUCCCAGAAUUAAUUUAGAACAUGGUAAAGAACUUUUAAACCCCGUGGAAGUUCAGAAAAUAAAAAUUAAACAGGAGUUAGAUUCCAGAAGAAGACGAUUUUUAUCAAAUUGGGAAUUAAAAGAGAAACGCAUCCAGAAUUUUAAAAAUAGCCAGAAGAUCAAAAAAGUAAAAACAAUUGCCAAAAAUAAAAUUAAAAAUGAUGAAAUCAAGUUUCGGAUAGCUGAGAUGAGAGACUUUGAAUUUUAUAGAAUCUUGAAUCUGAGGAAUAAAUUUAAAAUAAGAGAUAAAAAAAUAAUGGCAAAUUUAGAAAAUCUUAAGCGUUUUGCAUUUGCUAAGAAACUAGAAGAAGAUUACAACAGAUAUUGGACUAAAAUUGAUAGACAUACAAGGACGACAGAAACCAACAAAUUAUUAAUAGAGAGAUGUUUAGACCACAUAUAUCCGACAGUUGAAGAAGAGGAAAUGAUUGAUGAAACAGGAAAUGAAAAUGAAGAGAUAGAAAAGAAAACGGAAUCUUCAGAAAAUUGUUUAUACAUUCCCCAACAUUUACAUUCGGCGGACCGCUACACAUUUCUCGAGCGGAUUCAGAAUUUAAGAAUGAGUUUCAAUAAAUGCAAUCAGUAUGCUGAAUUCUGGGAAAAGACGGCACCGCUAUGGGACAAAAUGGCAGUGUGUCUGCAGACCAGCGAUGUCGCGACACCAGCAGUCAGUAGUUCGUACGUUAACAACGAGUACGCGGAUGAAACGACUCGACGAGAACAUGGCGAGUUGGUGGAAAACAACCGGCCGCCGACAUUGGUGCAGGAGAUUAUGAUGAACGACGUGGACUACUUCUUGUCAGACGAAAUAGUGCUUCAGACGUUAGAACGGGCCAAAUCGUUAUCCGAACCGAACGUGUCCGCGGCCGACCUUAUACACUUGACUAAGUGUUUAAUCGAAUAUGAGGCUGACGUUAAAAGUAACGUUGCGUACAUGGUGUCUGGGCUGACGGAGAGAGCCGUAUUCGAGUUCACGAAAAAAAAAAUUUCCGAGAAAAUAUUUGUGGACAUGCGUAGAACCAUUGAUAGGCUUCAACGCUUGAACGACGACAAAGUAAUUCCCAACAAACUGAUGAAAUACAAGAACAAGGUCGGUGUUACCUCUUUCGUUUGCAACAUGAUCAACAACGUCAAUGACAAAAAAUUCAAAAGGUUCGACAAACCUAUCGAUGACGAUCCUCGUUACGAGGCUCUGAUUUCAGAAACGGCCGACGAUAAGUUACAGAAGUUUCUGUGGGAAAACUAUAACCAAGAGAUAAUGUCCCCGAUAAGAUUCACGAUGCAUCGACGAGUGCAACUUUUCGAGCACGUCGACGUAGUGGUCCGGUCGUUCUUGUUGCAGGCGCACCAAAAAACAGCGCGUUUCGUGUCUACCGCCCAGGUAGACGAGUAUACCGAGCACGUCAAAUCGAAGACGAAAACCAAUGACAAAACCAUAGUGUCGCUAAAGAUGGAUUUAGUGUACAGGAUUAGUCGGAAAAUCGCAAAGCUGGUGUUCGGCAUGUUUGCGACGGAUGAACGAACGGCGCACAACCUCGAGGCGACUAUCGACGCGUACGUGUUGCAUGUAUCGAAUCGGACGACCCGCGUGAAUUACAACAAACGUCACUACAAACCCCGUGAACGGGCUGACGUUGAAUACUUCUUUGAUGAGUACCAAAAUAUGCAGAACUCGCACCAAAAAAAAUACCGGGCUCUACGUUGUUAA